AUGGUGCACCUAUCAAGCAGAAUUAUCCAGACCACCAACACCAUCCUCUCUUCCUUGGCCUUAGUCUUCUCAGUGAUUGGAAUCAUUGAGGAUAAAUGGGUUGAACUGAACUUGGAAACAAGAAAAACAACGAUAAACCACAGUCCUUGGAUGGUAUGUUGCACUACUAUUUGGCCAGAAGAUGAUCUGGAAGUGAUCAGGACCUUGAUGAUUUUGACCCUGAUCCUCUCCUUCCUCUUUAACUUGAUCCAGGGUAUGGAAUUCACCGAAAUGAUUCCUCAAACCAAAUAUAUGCACUUGUUCACUGCCUUCUUCAGUUUUCUCACAGGUAUCCUUCUGCUCUCUGCAUUCCUAUAUUACUACCAUAAGCUAAGGCAAGGUCAAGGCACCUACUUCUCUAGAUACAAAGUCACCUGGAUCCAUUUCACUGUCUACGUAAAUUUCAUCUUCUAUGUUAUCUGUGGAAUCUUCUGUCUCCUUCACUUCAAGCAGUCCAUAAAAAGCUUAGCCUGCCUCAACACCAUCCAUGUAUCUGUCAGAGAACGUAGCCAUGAAUUGCCACCUGGGACUUCUAUCCAAGUUAUUUCAACAAUAAACCCCGCUAUCAUGCCACGUAGCAUUGUCCGUGCACACUCCAUAGAUACAAAGGAAGAUGUCAAACCACCGUCAAUGCAAGCACGUCGUGUAACUUGGGCUCUGUGA